UCAGCGCCUCACUCCGCUUAUUCCUGCUCUCGUGGAUAGUGGCGGUCAGAGGAAAUAAGGGAUGUAUCACAGGUUACGCACGAGACCGACACAACUUCUUAAACAUUGUAACAACUUUCUCUCCGCGCUGCGUUAAAAGGCGGGAAAAGCGGCGACUUGACAAACCGCAUCACUUGAAAACGCCACUCCGAAGUUGUCAUACUUGAAACCUCGUUUUAGUAUGUGCUAGCGCGUUUUUAAGCUACGUGGAAUUCAGUCGUUCGGAAGGUUCUGUUUCUUUGCAACAUGACGGUUAAAUGUGUCUUUUUAACGCACCUGUUACUGCUUUGGGUCGGUUCCGAUACUGACGCGUCUGAAGCUGUUUGGAGAAGUGCGCGCGACAGCACGACAGACGCGCUCGUGCCCACUGAUGCGCUCUCACAGCAUAUGUUUAAACUGUAUGAGAAGUACAACAUUGAACCUAACCGACUCAAAGAGGGAAAUACUGUAAGAAGUUUUAAAGCAAAACCUGAGAAUGUGGAGGAGAGGGUCUCGUACUGGUUGAAUCUUACUUCUCUUCAAGGGUCUGAGGUGAUCCUCACAUCUACGUUUCACUUCUUUUUUGACAAACGGCCACGCCAGAGGUCCUGGUUCUGCAAGCGCUUCAAGAACCCCUCUUGUCGCACCCCAAACGCACAUCUGCUACCAUCUGUCCGUCUUCUUUUCCGGUCUCCCUCCUUCAGCUCAGCCCCAGGAUCUCUACUCGGAAACAUCACCAUAGUUCCUCAUAGACGUGGGACCUGGCAGAGCAAGGAUGUGUCUGUCAUUAUAAAAGAGGCCCGAGAUAAGAAUCACCUUUUGAUCACUGUGGAGUUUGACUACGGAGAGCAGUAUCAAAGGUAUCAGGACCAGCUUCCAUCCUCCAGCCUUCCAUACUUGCUGUUGUAUGCUAAUGACCUGGCCAUUUCCGAGCCCAACAGCGUGGCCGCGAGCCUACAGAGAUAUGACCCUUUCAUUGCAGACCCGCAGCCAACUCACUCUCCGGACUCCUCACCUGACAUACGUGUGAAGCGGGAGCUGGACUUGGACUUCUCUGAUCCCAUUGAGAACAACGAGCUCCCGGGGGUGGAGUACAACAGCUUCAAACAGCACGAUAUGUGGGAAAGCGCUUACUUUGCGCUCAAGCCAAAGCCCUUUAAAAAAGAACGUCGGAGGAAAGGCCAGGAGAAUGCUGAUGGAUUCGGCAAGUCUCAGGUUCUCCGGUUUGAUGAGAAAACCAUGAAGAAGGCUCGGAGGAGACAGUGGAAAGAACCUCGCAGCUGUUCCAGGAGGUACCUGAAGGUGGACUUUGCAGAUAUCGGCUGGAACGAAUGGAUCUUGUCUCCCAAGUCUUUCGAUGCCUUCUACUGUGCAGGAACGUGUGAAUUCCCCAUUCCAAAGGUAGUCCGCCCCUCCAACCAUGCAACCAUCCAGAGCAUAGUCAAGGCCGUUGGGAUAAUUCCAGGUAUCCCAGAGCCCUGCUGUGUCCCAGAGAAGAUGAAAUCCCUCAGUGUACUAUUUCUGGAUGAGAGCAAAAACAUUGUGUUGAAGAUCUACCCCAAUAUGUCUGUGGAGACGUGCGCUUGCAGAUAGACUAACCGGUCAGAGGAAAGAAAGACAAACGGGCAUUGUUGUGGUUUUGACACACAAAUUUACCUUGAAGAGGCAUAUUGUCUUUAGUUUGCACUUGUUAGAAAGUGCACACAUUUUAAGGACUGCAUUUCAUUUUUUUAUAAAUGCUUACAAAUCAUAUUUUAAUUUUCUCUGUUUAUCCACAAAGGAUCUGCCAUAAAGAUUUUUCAUUGUACUAGUUGGGUAACAUAAGCACUUACUCUUAAAAAAAAUUCUUACAAAUUGUAUGCUUUGCUGUCAUCUCUAUGAUAUAAAUGGUUGUUCGUCAUGUUUGUAGAUUACUGGAUGUAUGAUGAGGUUUUAUAGCAUACUGAAUAUAACAGACGUUUUUUUUUUUGGCAGAACUGUUGAAUUACCUUGGAAAGUGAAUUAGAAUAAAGAAUUAUUUUAUUAUUCAGCUGAAUGUUGUAGUUACAGGUUAAGAUAACGUCUUGGUGUUCAUUAGAAAUCUAAGUGUAACUUGAUAUCCAGGUCAUUUGGUCAUAUGUGAAAAUUGUGAACCCUUUAAUUUACAUCAAACUCUUACUUGUAGUAACUAAUGUGAACUUCGUUUUGAGACUGAACUUAAAAGACCCCCAUUCGCUGUGGUCCCUGAUGGCUAGUGCUGACUAAUUUUACCUGUACAUUUGUUUUAUUUCAAGAGAUGUUACACAAGGUUCUUUUUUAUAUUCAUUCGAUAAUCUCAGUUUGGUGCCAUAAGCGAGGAGCAUUUGGGCCAAAUGCGUCAGUGUGUAUAAACAAUUGUUCAAUAUAUUAUAUUUUAGAGAAUGUAUUUUUGUAAAUGUGUGUUUUAAAUUAUGAAAUCUAGCCUUAUAAUAAGUAGAAUAAAAUAAAUGUUAAACCA